UUAAUAUCUGGACUAGUAUACCUACAGCUAGAGAAAAGAAAACAACAACUGGCUUUCUUUUUAUCUAUGCCUUGCACUUUCAACAUUUAUAUAUCCCCCUUGUUUACGAAGAAAAUAGCACACCUAACAAGGGAAAUAACUUAAAGCAGUAUGUAAAUACCGUAUCAGCUCCUAUCAAAACUAUUACCAUAACUGUAAUGCGAUUUCUAAUGUGUGUCGGAACCCAAGCGGAACAGGCUAAAGUGGCAUCACUAUCCGACUGUGUCCAGGCGAGAGCAAGAGACCGAUAAAGGUUUAGCAAAACACAAGCUAAAUGCCGAUGCUUGUUGUAUCUGAGAGCUCCAUCCUCCCGCGCUUCUUACCGACAUUUCACUGAUCGUUCAUCGGCAAAUUCGACGGCGGACUCUACGCUGUUAUCUACGCUGUACGGUUGGUCGCUGUUUGGGGAAGUCGCCCGAGGUAGCGAGAGUGGAGUGAAAGUCACAGAGGCCAAAAGCGCGGGAAUUACCUUUUCGGAUAUUCGUUGACUGGUUCUGGAACCUUCUCAAGGCGUGAGGACUGUUGAUGUGGUUCAAUUAUCGCUGACUGAUGUGUAAUUGCGUGAUGUCGCUUCUCAAGAUGAACAGUCUGUGCUUGCUUCUCGUUGCCUUGGUAGCGGCAAAUACAGUCAAUGCCGCUGGUGUUUGCGAAGCUUUUCAGGGAAGUUGUAGUGAGUGUAUCCGUGGAGGUCCAGAAUGCGCCUGGUGUGAGGACAAGGACUACUUCGUCAGACAGCAACCCGCUGACCGUUGUGACAGUGUGCUCAAUCACCAGAAGAACAAAUGUCAGAAACUGACGAACCCAAAGUCAGGAACAGACUCUAAACAGAAUAAAAAGCUUGACGACUCAACAAACGUCACACCUCGCAACCUGACUCUCCAUCUAAGAAAAGGCCAGCCCGCGCGGUUUAACGUGAGCAUGCGCACUCCCGAGAACUUCCCAGUGGAUUUGUACUACCUGAUGGACAUCUCCGGCUCCAUGUUCCAAGAUAUGCAACAGAUUACGAGCCUAGGCAAGAGGAUAGCCACCGAGAUGAAUAAGAUCACGACUCGAUUUCGUCUUGGAUUCGGGACGUUUGUGGACAAACCUGUGGCCCCAUUUAUAGACACGCAACCGGAACUCUUAGCGCACCCUCGCCUGACUGAUACUGGCAUCGACCUUGACUCCAUACCAGCCUUCGGCUUCAGAAACAACCUACCACUAGACCAAGAGACCUCCAAAUUUGAGGCAAAAGUCGCAGCGCAAAACAUCUCCGGCAAUGUUGAUAAUCCCGAGGGGGGGAUGGAUGCACUUCUGCAAAUUGCCGUUUGUCACAAGGACAUUGGUUGGGUGAAGAAAGAGGAAGCACGACGACUUGUUGUCUUGACGACAGAUGCGAAUUAUCAUUUUGCUGGCGAUGGCUUGCUUGGCGGCAUCGUGACGCCUAACGACGGCAAAUGCCAUUUGUCUGCUGAAGGAGAGUACGAGGCAUCCACACUACAGGACUACCCGUCUCUUGGCCAACUACGAGAGAUCCUCAUAGAAAACCAAGUGGUGCCUAUCUUUGCCAUAACACAAAACCAAAAGGCGAUCUAUGAUGUGUUACAGAACUUUUUCGGUGACCAAAGUUUUGCCGUUGCUGCCGAGCUUGAGGCUGAUGGCUCUAACGUUGUAACACUGAUCAGGGAAGCUUACGAGAAAAUUGCCAAAACUCAAACCGUCUCAGAUAACACCACUACUGGGGUGACAAUAACGUACAAGGCAAUCUGCCCAGAUGGUACCUUUGAGAACAAGCAAGUUUGUAAUAACGUCAAGAUUGGAGAAGAGGUGACCUUUGAAGUAUCUGUGACGGCUCUUGAGUGUUCGGACAAGAUGCCGGACAGGGUCCAUCUCCGGACAGUGUUUGGCGAAGUUGCCUUGAACCUGAAGUACAUCUGUGAAUGCAAGUGUCAGGAACUUGAGCAACACGAAGAGAAAAGUUCGUAUUGCUCGAGGAACGGUACUCUCAUCUGCGGCGAAUGUGAAUGUGAUCCUGAAUGGACUGGACGUCGAUGCGACUGCGAAAAAGGUACCGCUGAUGAUCCAUCAAAGUGUCCCAAGAAUAAUGCCACUGGUCAAGUAUGCAGCGGGCGUGGAAAAUGCUAUUGUGCCGAGUGUAUAUGUGACGAAAGCAAGGUUCCCGGGGAGGAGUUCUAUGGGGACCAUUGUCAGUGCAGUAACAUGGACUGCCCGCGUAAUGACGAAGGGCUCUUGUGUGGAGGGCCAGAACAGGGCAAGUGUGACUGCGGUAAAUGUAGUUGCUAUGGCAACUGGACAGGUCCAGCUUGCAGCUGCACGACAGAGACGGCCUCGUGUUUCGAAGAUGGGGCCAUGUGUAGCGGUCGCGGCGAGUGCGAAUGUGGGAAGUGUGUCUGUAACGCUUCAUUGCCGUACAUCGGGGUCUACUGCAGCGACUGUCCGACUUGCUCUGGCCAGUGUAACGCCAACAAGGCUUGUGUCCAGUGCAAAGUGUUUGGUACCGGGCCCCUGCAGAACGAGUGCCAGGAAAAGUGUAGCGAUGACGUCAUUAAAGUUAACAUUGUGGAUAAAAUCACAGAAGAAAUGGGUGAGCGGUGCUCAUUUCAGGAUGAUGACGACUGCACUUUUACCUUCGCGUAUCAGCCUACGGAUGAUUAUCGACUAGAGGUCUUUGUAGAGAAAGAACGAGCGUGUCCGGAGCAAGUCGCUGCUUUAGUUGUCAUUCUAGGAGUGAUAUUUGGAAUACUCGCGAUAGGCCUUGCGCUGUUGCUCAUCUGGAGGCUCCUCGCUACUAUACAGGAUCGGAGGGAGUUUGCCAAGUUUGAAAAGGAGAGGUCACAAGCCAAGUGGGAUACGGGAGAGAAUCCUAUAUUUAUUAAUGCGACAACAACGUUCCAGAACCCGACCUACAAGAAAGCUUGAACCUUGUAUAACACCCUUUAGGACCCAGGGCAUCCCAGAUAUCGGAUACCCGAGGAUGGCUUCUGUAUCGCUUUAUGAUUGGGCCCAGCGCAUCCCGGAUAUCGGAUACCCGAGGAUGGCUUCUGUAUCGCUUUAUGAUUGGACCCAGGGCAUCCCAGAUAUCGGAUAACCGAGGAUGGCUUCUGUAUCGAUUUAUGAUUGGCCCCAGGGCAUCCCAGAUAUCGGAUACCCGAGGAUGGCUUCUGUAUCGCUUUAUGAUUGGACCCAGCGCAUCCCGGAUAUCGGAUACCCGAGGAUGGCUUCUGUAUCGCUUUAUGAUUGGACCCAGGGCAUCCCGGAUACCUGGAUACCCGACGAUGGCUGCUGUAUCGGUUUUUGAUGGAUGGACGUAUUCGUUGCUUCGCACGAAGUGGGGGACGGAAUACGGACAGCGUUGGGUGAUAGUUUUGAACCGAAUGGACAGGGUUUUGAGCGGAAAAUAAUAUUAAUGUUGAAGGAGCGAUCAGAUCCCCUUGAAAAGCAAUCAAGAAUGUCUUAGUGUAGAUAAGAGGGUGAUAUGCAAGAGAGGGGUCGUGGGAACAGAGUUGCUAAAGCGGUCAUAGCACCAGUUUACUUCUUGAGGGCCAACGGAAACCUCAACCGACAAGAGACAAAAUAAUCUAUUAGAAUCCGCGCCUUUUAACAGGCCAUCCGCUCUAAAUUAUCAGUCACAUCCUCAAAGAAACCUCCAAUAGACACACUGCUUUUACAGUUUUGAAAUAAGGAAGUAAACUGGUGACAUUGAUGCUCCAAUCCCGUUACGAAAGGGCGACGGACACAGCAAAGGAGUCGCACGAUGGUAGGCAUAAGGGCAUAAGAAUAGAUAAGACUUACGGAACGGAGUCAGUAUCGUCGUAAUGGCAUACAUGAUCGUUGACAUAAGGGCAUAAGCAUUAAUGAGACAUGCGGUAAGGAAACUUAUCGUCGUAAUGGCAUAAACAUUAUUAGCGUUAACAUAAGGGCAAAA